GAAGAAGAUUAUGAUUCUGUUAUGUUUGACUGUAUUGGGUCUCAUAGGAGCUGCUUACAUCAGUACUUACUUCACUUAAAUUUGAUGUACACACCGAACCAUUCAAACAGCAGCACAGCAAUGAACAGCAGCAACAACAACAGAACACACUUAUAACCGAGAGCCAUCAACGAAACAGCCCGAACACCAAAUUUACUUAGGUAUGACAUUUUAACCACGGAUACACACAGAAAAUCACCCAUAAAAAAAAACAACAACAGCACACAUUUUCAACCAUACUUGAAAGAAAGACAUACAUAAAUGAAAAAAACUGAAAAGGUAAAUACACCGAUUGAAGUGGCAUUGCCCGCAUUGCCCGCCACUCAAAAUUACACACAAACAAAUAUAAUAGCAAAUGAAAGCAAACUAUCGCAAAAAUUGGAUAUUCGUUGAUGUUUUUUUUUCAAUAAGUUAAGAAAUGUGAAAGAAAAGGAGAAAAACAUUAGACAAGAACAACACAACAAAUUGAAUAGUGAAUAUCAUAAAAUACAAGCCCACCACCUCCAAACAAUCAAAACGACUUCCAAAUCAAGAAAUAGGCUACAACACUUAAAAAUGAUGAACAAUAACAAUUGUAGCAAAGAAAACAAAAGUUAAGAAAAUCAACUAUCACCAAAAUCUGCUCGGAUCCGUGUGUAAAUGGAAAAAAUUGUGCCCAUUGAAAAAAAAAAUGUUGAAGAAAGAAAUACUAACAAUUGCGCGUACAGAAACUACAAAAGAACAAAACAAAAAAGCAACAACAAAAUAUUAAAGCGAACAACCAACGAUACCACGCCAUGAAUACAUAAACUUCAUUUUAUUUAUUUCGUUGAGGAAAAUUUGGUUUCCAAACUGAAGCAAUAUUAGGAUCAGGGGAUAUAAAGCAUGCAAAAUAGAUCAUUCACUUUCUAUCUCUUUCUCAAUCUCUCUCUCUCUCCCUCUCUCUCUCUCUCCCUCUCUCUCUCUCUCCUUCCUUUAUUCAAUAAUGACUACAGCGUUGAAUGCGAACACUAAAGUUUAAAGAUUUGGCUGAAAACAUUAAAGAUUAUCAACCAAGUUUACAAUGACGUGAAAUUGUGCGCGGGAAAAUGAUUGAUAUUAUUUUAGCGCAAUCUAUCUAAAUUUAUACUGAACGUCAAACGCCUAUACAAAAACACAUCCAAAGACAGACACACACACACACACCCACAUCCAUGGCGAAUACGGAAAAUAUGCCAUCAAUUUCAUAUGACGCGAGAGAAAAAAAAGCACAUCUCUUUUGCGUCUUUCAUCACAAAUCACUGGGCGACAAAGACACCCAUUUUCCUGGUGCAAAAAUCAAAUCGAUUCUGAUUUUCAGCUUUGUCACAUAUGAUGAGAUCUCAUUUGUUUCCAUGCUUUUGUAGCCUAUGCAAAUUUGAUGGCAUAAUUUUUUCUGAUUAUUAUUCUUCCAUUCACGCCUACACGACGAAAAUAACAAAAAAAUACCAACUCACUCAAGAGAUUCAAUUCAUAUCAUUCAAAGCCAUUUGAAGUUGUGACUACGAAAUACGUAGAACUGAUUUGUACCAUGCCUAGAUUUUUAAUACAUUGCCGAUUAGAGUACGAAGUGGGAAAUGAAAAAAAAGAAAAUACAAACCAAGUCCAUUGUGCUCGUCUGAGGCAAUUAGGACGAAGAUCGAAAUGAAUACACCAUUUCUGGCGUAUUCACCAAUGAAUCCGAUUAUCAUCUCGUUAGAUUUGUGUUUGCAUUGUGCUUUAUCUUACUUGAAACAAACAGAAGAAAAAAAAUUCCGUUGAAAAUACAAUCAUUGAACGAAACAGAAAAAAUUGAAGCUGCUACCAAUUUCAACCUUAUCCUAUCGUUCUAUAUACAAAAAGCACGCAUUAUAUUGAAAAAAUACAUUAAUUUAAAGAAAAAAAAGGUGUUCAAAUUUAGAUAAUUUAAAAUUAAGGAUGCCCACAGUGAAUGAAGAGAGAGAAUCGAAUCACUGUGACCAAAGUGAGGGAAAAACUGAUUUUACCAUUUCAAUUUCAAUAUUGUCGUGUGGCAUGGCACUGAUCAGCAGUAUCAUCAUAUUUCCGCCGCCUCACCCUUUUUCUACAUUAAAUGCUCCGUCUGAUUUCUUCAUAUCAAACAAAUUUAAAAAAAAAGAAGAAGAAAUGUAAUUUACUUUUUUGAACGAAAAAACAAAAUUGCAUUUAAAAUACUUGCGCUAAUUUAAAGAGCAACACUUCAAAAGCAAAAUAGUUUGUGUGUAUUUGAUUUUGAUUUGGUUGUUUUUUUCCUCCUCUUUUGUAUUAAAAAAACUAGCUGCAAAUGGAACAAAUAUAUUCACGCAGGAAAUGAAUAAAAACAAGAAAAAAAUAAAAAAUAAAUUGUAGUAGCAACAGAAAUGUGUGAUAGUCGAUAAUUAUUCUGACAUUAAAAAAAAUGGAAAUCGUGAUAAAUACAAACAUUUCCUUUAUUACAAAAUAUAGAGAAACAUUUUCGAAGAGAUUUCAAAUGGUGUGAGAUAAUAGAGCAAACAAGCAAACAAAAAAAAAUUGAGAGAAAGAAUGUCAUUACAACGAUGAACAAAAGCUCCAUCUGGCCAAUUGGCCUGAGAGGAGUCUUGAUUGUAGAUUUGUUGCGGAAGUGCGCCUGGAAAGUGGAUCAGUUAUAGUUCUAUAGCGGGAACGGGAGAGAUGAUCAUUUCGAGCUGUUGAAAUUCAAAUGUUAAAUGCAACAUGCCUUCAGCAUGAACUGAUUACCGAAUAUUUCAUGAUAUUUUACCACAUUCCGCGCCCUCUAUAUCCGACGGAGAAAUAGAACGGUUCAACUGUCUCUUUCUUUUCGGUUCAUUUGCUUUCAAUAUAUAUUUCAUUUAGAUUGUAAUUGUGCCGUAAAAUCCCCAUUUACAAUUAUUGCAAUAAGUAUUUCAUCUUCUUGUUUAUUCUUUUCUUCUCUCUCUCUCUGUUUCUCUCUUUUCGUCAGCUCCAAAGUGAAGCAAACAAAACAAAAAAUAGUAGUGGAGACAUUUUGAAAAUCAUAUCUAUUAAUGUUGUAACAAAAAACAUAAAUAAACGAAAAAAAAAAACUUACAAAAACUAUGCCUGAAUGAUGAGAAUAUAUUUAAAAAAAAAAUAAUUAAAUUUGUGAACUUUAUUCUAAUUCAAAACAAACAAAAUAUUACCAAAUAUUUCAUAAAUUAUUCAAACAUUUUUUCGCCAGGACUUAAAUGCAAAACAUGUUGCCCUUGAAUUAAAAAAAAUAAAAUAAACCAAACCAAAAAAAGCGAAACAACAACAUUUACAUUACAUUUUUAAGCUCAGUGCGGCAAAAUGCAUGAAUAAAUUAUUUUAAACAAUUGCAAUUUUUGCUGAUAAGGUUCCAUUUGCUAUUUGCCAUUUGAUGCAUGUGAAUUUGUUGCUGCAUGGCCCCACAUAUGCCUGCCUGGCUUGACGACAAAUUCACAUGCACAUACACAUACAAACCUAUGGCAAACCGCAACCUGACUAAUACUACACCGAAAGAAAUGCCAUAGGGAGCUAACUGAAAAUACACAAACACAGCUAAAAAAAAUACUUAAAAUUUCUCCAUUUACGAGAAACAAAACAAGAAUUAAACAACAAAAAUUCUAUUAACAAUAACUAAACGAAUCAAUCUCUGUGUCUCAUGAACUAUGCGAAACAUUACCACAAAUUAAACUCACACACACACAAACGAAAUCGUUAUGUGACGUCAAAAUAAAAAAAAAUUCAAAAGAUCUAUUUAACAUUUAUAUCUAAUUCUAUAUAAGACCAUGACAAAUUAUAUUUAAAUUAAUAAAACCAAACAAAAAAAAACAAUUUAGAUGAACAGAGAACAAAUAACGACAACAAGAAUGAAAAAAAAAAAACAAAACAAAAAACAACACACGCAAUCUUUUAGUGGAGUUUAGUGUUAGACAAAAAUGACAAGAAAAUAAACAAAGAGACAACUAAAUAAGAUUCAAAAAGAAAUUCGAUAUAAUCAAUUAAUAGCAUUUGUAAAGUAAGAAGCACAAAAUCUCUAUUAGAAGAAAUACUUGAAAAAAUUUAACUUAGAAUUGGUCGGUAUUUUCCUUUAUCGUUUAGAUUCAGUGAGUUUUUUUUCCUUUUUUCAUUUUGUUUCUAGUUCGAUAACUUAGAAAUUAAUUGGUUUCAAUUCGAUAAUUUUCAUUAAAUUCGUGUGUCAACAUUAAAUGCCGAUUUAUGUUUAUGGUACAGAUGUUUGUAAAUGAUUAUGUUUGUGGCUAUAAAUUGAUGCAAUCAUGUACAAAAGCCUUCGAAAAGUCUUAAUUGUACUUGUCUUUCUUUAUUCGGUGGUCAAUUUGAAUGAGUAUUUUUCGUUUGUUAUUUUUUUUCUCUUCUUUGUUAGCAUUAGAGCACUUUAGAGAUAUUGCGUUAGUUAUGUUUAAGCAGCGCUGACUUUGUUCCACAGUUUUAUAUUUUAUACAAUUGUUCAUGUUCCAAAAAAGACAACAACAACAACAAAUGAUAACAACAAGAGAAAAAAAAAACAACGUAGGAUUGUACGUCGUGCAAUUUUCAUUGAAAAUAUUAAUUUUAAUGUUUUAGAAAUUAGCGUAGCAUAAUAAUAUUGCAAAUGAAGAUUCGUGAUUAAUUUUUUUACUUUAAAUUACUUAAUAGUUUCACACAAUAAAAACAACAACAACAAAAAAUAAAGAAAAUGAAGAACGAUAACAUUGAAGCAA